AUGUCAAAACUAACUCUGGACGGCUUUUUUUCGUACUGCAAGCAAAUUGCUGAACAUAUCCAGUUGGGAGAGAGAAUGGCAUCGCUGUCCGGCCAAGGCACUCCUAAGCUGACCUCAGCUGUCGGCAAUUUGUAUUAUGACUCUAUACAGCCAUAUCGUGAGGAUGCCAACGCGCAAACUCGCGAGUUCCUUGCACGUGUCGUCGACGUACUGCUGGAUUACGUUCAACAAGUCAAUGAUCGGAAUGAAAAGAUCCUAGACUUCAAGAUGCCGGAGGAAAUGCAGAAGGCGCUAGAUCUCCACCUGCCGGAGGAACCCUUACCACUUAAGCAGCUCUUGGAGGACUGCAAAAUCACUCUAAAGAAUCAAGUGAAGACAGGACACCCACACUUCUUCAACCAACUCUCCUGCGGUCUCGACAUCAUCUCGCUAGCUGGCGAGUGGCUGACUGCCGCUGCCAACACCAAUAUGUUCACUUAUGAGAUCGCACCAGUGUUCAUCCUGAUGGAGAAUGUGGUUCUGGAGAAGAUGAGGUCGAUGAUCGGAUGGAAGAGCGGCGACUCGAUUCUUGCUCCCGGUGGAUCCGUGUCGAAUCUGUACGCAUUCCUCGCGGCGCGUCACCACAAGUUCCCGCAGUACAAGGAGAAGGGACUAUCCAGCAUCCCCGGACAACUCGUCAUGUUCACUUCCGACCAGUGCCACUACUCUGUGAAGUCGUGUGCUUCGGUAGGGGGGCUGGGUACGGACUACUGCGUGUGCGUGCCAUCGGACGAGCGCGGCCGCAUGCUGCCCGCCGAGCUCGAGCGUCUGGUACGAUACCACAAGGAUCGUGGCAACAUUCCCUUCUUCGUGAACGCAACCUCGGGCACCACGGUGUUGGGUGCUUUCGACCCGCUCAUGGAGAUCGCAGACAUCUGCCAGAAGUACGACAUGUGGAUGCAUGUUGACGCUGCUUGGGGCGGUGGCUUGCUGUUCUCCAAGAAGUACCGUCAUCCUCGACUCACUGGCAUCGAAAGGGCCAACUCGGUGACUUGGAACCCACACAAGCUGAUGGGCACGUUACUUCAAUGCUCCACCGUCCACUUCAGGCAUGAGGGCAUUCUGCUGAGCUGCAACGCGAUGUCAGCGGAAUACUUGUUCAUGACAGACAAGAUCUAUGACCCUCGGUUCGACACCGGCGACAAAGUAAUCCAGUGCGGCCGCCAUAACGACAUCUUCAAGCUGUGGCUGCAGUGGAGAGGAAAGGGAACGUCGGGUUUCGAGCAGCUGAUGGACCGCUUAAUGGAGCUAUCGGAGUACAUGGUGCGGCGCAUCCGCGAACAGUCGGACAAGUUCUACCUGCUGUUGGAGCCCGAGAUGGUGAACGUGUCGUUCUGGUACCUGCCGCGCCAGCUGCGAGGCUUGCCGCACAACCGCGACAAGGAGAUCAAGCUUGGCAAGGUGUGCGCCAAGUUGAAAGGGCGGAUGAUGCAAGCGGGCACGGUGAUGGUGGGCUACCAGCCGGACGACCGGCGGCCCAACUUCUUCCGGAACAUCAUCUCCUCGGCCGCGGUCACCGAGCGCGACGUCGACUUCUUGCUCGCCGAGAUGGACCGCCUUGGACACGACAUCGUCGUUGACUAG